AUGUCAGGACGCUAUUCUCUACGAACCUCGCCACGGAAAAAGGAGCUUUUUGAUGGCAUGGUAGAGACGCCAACCAAGACAAAGACGCGCGCUUCACGACGCCAAUUCUCGUUACCGCCCGAAAUCUCUGAAAACGAAGACGAGUCAACCACCUCUGGCUCGCCGGUGAAAUCUUCCACGCGCUCUCGCUCUCUCCGCCGCCGCACCGUCGCCGAGUCGGACGACGGACCGUCGCAAGAUCAUACCGACAUAGAGGACGCUGAGCCUCGUACCAAGUCCAGCAAGAUGGAGAAUGGAAGCAGCUCUGUCAACGGCCACGGCGCUGCCAAUGGGGUGCAGAAGCGCGCCGCCUCGCGCCCAAGCACGCCCAAGCAGUCACCAGCAACGGCCCAGGAUGUCAAGGUUAGCGUCGUUGACGGUUGGAAGCCCGGCCAGGACCCCAAGAUUGACUACUCGGGCGAGACUGAAUUUGGAGGCUCCGUCGGCACUUUCUUCAUGAUGCUCUUCUUCCCCAUCCUCAUGUGGUACAUGUGGGUGGGCGCCACCUACUACGACGGCAAGUUUCCCUCGCGCGAGCCUGGCAUGAGUUGGCCCGACUUUGCCCGCCACCUCUUUAACCUCGUCUACACCGGCGCAUUUCCGCAUACCAAGGCAUGGCUCUGGUACUGGUCGUACCUCAUCUUUGAGGGCGCCUGCUACUGCCUCCUCCCUGGCGUCUGGAGCUACGGCAAACCGCUACCCUUUCUUGGUGGCAAGCAGCUCCCGUACUUUUGCAACGCCUACGCCAGCUUCUACUUUACCCUUGCUGUGCUUGCCGGCCUGCACUUUAGCGGCGCAUGGCCACUGUACAACGCCAUUGACGAGUUUGGUCCUCUGCUGUCGGUCGCCAUCUUCAGCGGCUUCAUUGUCGCCUUUGUCGCCUACUUCUCCGCUCUCUACCGUGGCAAGCAGCACCGCAUGACCGGCUAUCCCGUCUACGAUUUUUUCAUGGGCGCCGAGCUCAACCCCCGCAUGUUUGGUAUCCUUGACUUCAAAAUGUUCUUUGAGGUCCGCAUGCCCUGGUAUAUCCUGCUCAUUCUUAGUCUCGGUGCCGCCGCCCGCCAGUACGAGCAGUAUGGUUAUGUGUCGGGCGAGGUCAUGUUCCUCGUCAUGGCCCACUACCUCUACGCCAACGCCUGCGCAAAGGGCGAGGAGCUCAUCGUCACCACCUGGGAUAUGUACUACGAGAAAUGGGGCUUCAUGCUCAUUUUUUGGAACCUGGCCGGCGUGCCCCUCUCGUACUGCCACUGCACCAUCUACCUCGCUAACCACGACCCUGCAGAGUACCGCUGGAAUCGUGUCGCCCUCGUCCUCUUUACCGCUGCAUAUCUCUUCUGGUACUGGGUCUGGGACAGCAGCAACUCGCAAAAGAACCGCUACCGCGCCAUGGAGCGCGGCAAGAUGGUCUCGCGCAAGACUUUUCCCCAGGUCCCUUGGCAGACCAUUCAGAAUCCCAAGGUCAUUAAAAGCCCCGAGGGUACCAUACUCAUCGAUGGCUGGUACGGUUAUGCACGCAAGAUUCACUACACUGCCGAUAUCUGGUUCUCCAUGUCGUGGGGUCUCAUCACUGGGUUCAACAGCCCUUUUCCCUGGUUUUACCCAGUCUUUUUCCUGUGCAUGAUUGCGCACCGCGCCGCGCGUGAUAUUCAUCGCUGCCGUCGAAAGUACGGCGACGCCUGGGUCGAGUAUGAGCGUCGCGUGCCCUAUCUCUUUAUUCCUUACGUCUUUUAA